AUGAUUAGACUGGUUGGCUGUCAAUUGCACAGAUAUCCCACCAGUUCAACGAUCCUUGUGUUGAUUCUUCUACUUUCGUCUUCAGCCGUCGUCUUGUCGCGAUUUUGGGGGGUUGGUCGCCGAGAACGCUUUCUUCCUCCUGGGCCUCCCACUAAGUUUCUGCUAGGAAACGCAAGUGAUUUUCCGAGAUUUACGUCCUUUGUUCAGUUUACACGCUGGGCAGCAGAGUACGGCCAACUAGUGUCGCUCAAGAUCUUGGACCGAAAUAUGGUGAUUCUGAGUAACGCCCCCACGAUGAAGGAAAUUCUGGAUAAGCAAGGCCUUCUUAGUGGAGAUCGUCCCCAAGUCUACCUCAUUCAACGGGCGGAGGGUGUAUACCCAAUCUUGAUAGCCGUUUGUUCAGAGGGAGUCGGAAAGUCUAUCAUACGUUCCUAA